AAUGAUUACGGCGAGGACAACGAAACCUCGUCACUGAAUAUGGAUGAACCUGCUGAGGAGAACUACAUGAGUUUGGAUGAAUCUUAUAGUGGCAAUCGACAUGGCGAUGAUGAUGAUGAUAUGGAUAUAGAUGAUUCAUUUGACGAAAGUGCACUCCGGAUGGACGAGGAUGGGGACUUUGUGAGGAAUAUUGUGGACGAUGAAAGUGACAAAUCGCACAUUGAUGCAUCUCAUGAUGACAGCUCCAGCAAAGGAGAUGUAGAUGGUACAAGCGGGAUGUUAACACCAAAGGCGCACCAAAACAGAAUGUUAAAGGCCGCGGUAAGGAUGGUCCUGAUGUCACUAAAAAUGGGUGACCUAAAGCUUUUGAUGAGAAAAGCAAACGUCAAUGUGGACAGUGCGGUCUUCCGGGUCAUUAUAAGUCCACGUGCCCUCAAAAUCCUAAGAACUUUGUUUGAAUUGUGGAGUAUGGAAGAUUGCUUCACCCUUUGAUUGAAGACAGUUUUAUUAUGGAUUGCUAUGGAAGAUUGCUUCACCCUUUCAUUGGAGACAGUUUUAAUGUUCUAUAUAUGUGAUCUUUAAUAAUUGUUGAAAUAUGAACUUAUUUUACUUUGUCCAUGUCAGACUAUUUGCUACGAUACCGACAUAAGUAGUUGUUUUCAUGACAGACUAUGUAAUGCAACAAGGAGUUUUUACUUUGUUUAUUUUGAUGUGC